UAAAAAAAAAAGUUAAAUUAAUUGGGUCCAGAUGAGGAUGAAUUAGUAGCUGUGGAUUUGUCAUAAUCUGAUGCCCAGUUCAGAAUAAAUGACAAACUGUUGCUUUGGAAGAUAUAAAGUGUGAUUGACUGACUGACUGUGUGUCUGUCCUAGAUGCAGUCCACAUCGUCCUCCUAGUACAGUAAAAGUGUUUGGCACAUCAUGAAGAGGACAAUAAGAAGGACGGUCACAACAACCUGUUUUCCAGAUCAAGUCAUUUGCAGUCUGCCGCUGCUGCUCAGACGCCAACAGCACCUCCUGCCUCUUCGUCUUUCUCGCUCUACCUGAGUCUCCCUCUCACUCGCUCUUUUCUUCUGGUGUCCCCCUCCUCCCCUGCUCCUCUCUCCUUAUCCCCCACCUCUCUUUGCCUCUCUCCUUCUCUGCAUCUCCGUCUCUCUCUGUUGCGGACAUGCUCCGGAGAUGAGGCUCAGAAAUGUCUCCUUCCUGACGCUGCUGUUGUUCGGCUUGAUCUCAGUGUCUUGGUACACCGCCUUCAGCAGCUCCAGAGGAGAUGUGGUGGACAUCUACCAGCGGGAGUUUCUGGCGUUGAGGGAGCGCCUCCAUUUGGCCGAGCAGGAGAACCUGCGACGCUCCAAAGAGCUCAAUCUGGUCCUGGAGGAGAUCAAGCGGGCCAUUGCGGAAAAACAGGCGCUGCGAGACAUCAACCGUACAUGGAGCAACCUCUCAGAGGAAACACGGCUAAAGUUGUGGAACGUGAGCAGCAAUAAAAGUCUUCUUCAGCUUCCCUCCAUCUUCCAUCAUCUUCCUCCGCUAAACAAAGACGCCAGUCUACAGCCAGCCGUCCACCUGGGUCAGGGACGAACUGGGGUCUCUAUAGUGAUGGGGGUCCCCAGUGUGAAGAGGGAGGUCCAUUCGUACCUGACCGACACGCUCAGCUCUCUCAUGUCAGAGCUCAGUGCAGCCGAGAAGGACGACUGUGUCAUCGUCGUCCUCAUCGCAGAGGCUGACCUGCAGUACGCCAACAGUGUAGCAGAAAACCUAAAGCGCCUUUUUCCAGCAGAGAUUCAGUCCGGUCUGUUGGAGGUCAUCUCUCCAUCGGUCCACUUUUAUCCAGACUUUUCCCGACUACGAGAGUCAUUUGGAGAUCAUAAGGAGAGAGUCAGAUGGAGGACAAAGCAGAACCUGGACUUUUGUUUCCUGAUGAUGUAUGCUCAGUCCAAAGGGACAUACUAUGUCCAGCUAGAGGAUGACAUAGUCGCCCGUCCAAACUACUUCACCACCAUGAAGAACUUUGCCUUGCAGCAGCCAUCGGAGGAGUGGAUGAUCCUUGAGUUUUCUCAGCUUGGUUUCAUCGGGAAGAUGUUUAAGUCAUUGGAUCUGUCUCUCAUCGUCGAGUUCAUGCUCAUGUUCUACAAAGACAAACCAAUUGACUGGCUGCUCGACCACAUCAUGUGGGUCAAAGUGUGCAACCCCGAGAAGGACGCGAAACACUGCGACAGACAAAAAGCUAACCUGAGGAUUCGCUUCAAACCAUCUCUCUUCCAACAUGUUGGAACACACUCAUCACUUGCGGGAAAAAUACAGAAGCUCAAGGAUAAGGAUUUUGGGAAACAGACACUGCACAAAGGUCACGCCAACCCACCUGCAGAGGUCACAACCAGCCUGAAGACGUACCAACACUUCACCCUGGAGAAAGCCUACCUGGGCGAGGACUUCUUCUGGGCCUUUACACCCGUGGCAGGCGAUUUCAUACGAAUACGAUUUUUCAAACCUGUGCGCAUUGAAAGGUUUUUCUUCCGCAGUGGUAACAUUGAACAUCCAGGAGACAAACUCUUUAACACGUCAGUGGAAGUUCUACCAUUUGAUAAUGUUCAGGCAGACAAAGAAGCUCUGACAGACGGUAGGGAGAAGACACCAAAGUAUCACAGGACAGAAGAUGGCUUCAUCAGAAUAGGAACAUUCCAGAAUGGAAUUGCUGAGGGGGAAGUGGACCUUAUGUUUGGCCCCAUUGAGACCCUGCGUCUCUCUGUGAUGACAGACUCUCCAGUUUGGGUGAUCCUCAGUGAGAUCUUCAUAAAGAAAGCAGAGUGAUGCUGCACCCCUCUCCUCUUGCCCUCAGCUUUACCUCAGCAUCCUCUCGGACACAGCCAAGCUGACGGGAGGCUGCCUGGCUCCAGUUCUGCUUAACCUAAGCAUCAUCUGUCUGGACACAGCCACCGCAGGCCAAGGAUGACCAGAGAAACUAUUUAAUGUUUAGGCAUUUUUUUGGAAUUAGAAUGCCUGAGAGAGAUGACUUUGUAAUUAGUCUGAACAUGUGUAUUUAUGUGUACAUACAUGCAGUAGAAGUACAUGUUUAACACUGGCGGUCAUGGAGGGCAGGAGGGCCGUGAGGGACUUUUUGAUGAAGAAGAUCCUGCCGCUGCCUCCAGACUUUGACCCAGAGCUUUGUACUAACGUUGACCCGACUCACUAACACGUGUGUGCAUGUAGAGACAGACACAUACACGCCUACAUCAGGGGAAAAGUCUGUGGUUUCUUCACAUUUCCCUCUAGCAGCGAGAAAAUUUGCCUUAAAAACAAACAGGAGCAAGAUUUACUACCCAGGAUCCUCAGAGCCUAUGACAUCACUUUUUUUUUUUUUUUACCUCAGCCUUGUCACUGAUGACUGAUAUGUUUUUUUAUAGUAAUAUACUUAAAAGUAUUUUACUAUAUAACAUAUAAUCAUAAUUCACUUUAAAUUCCUUUAUGUUUUGCUGAUGUAAAAAUCAAGGACUUGAUAAUGAAAUGUACAUUACUGUACAUGUCAGAACUUCCUUUUGGUCAACUUUAUAGCACCCAACUCUGUUACAGUUCUCUGUUCUGACCUACUUUACAGUAUCAUACUCCCAUUAGAUCAAAGUACUCUGAUUUACCUCAAAAUGUUUUGACAUACAUCACAGUACCAUGAAUAACGGUGAUUCACUGAUUUGGUUUAUACUUAAUUUUUUAGUUAUUUAUUUCCAGAUUCUAACAGUACUCUACUUUGCGCUUCAUACUUGUUAAAACAUCAAGUGAAGUUAUUGACUUCACUUGAUGCUUUUACGGUACUUUACUUAAAUUUAUCCUACUGUGAAAAAAAAUUAGACAGGUGUUUACUUUUUCUCUAUUUUUAUUUUUUCCAGCCUUUAGAUUUUUUUAAUUAUUUUAGGCAAAUUUAAAGAAACAAGAUCCUUUCUCAAAAUCAAAUUGCAGAAGUGGAUUAAAAGUUUUUUUAAGAGGAGCUGUGAGGCCCUGAGGCCUGUUAAACCGGGCAGUGGCUUGUUUUUCAGCUACAGCCUACCUUCGUGGACGAGGCUAAAAAAACAAAUUGAUGUUUUUAAAUUUAUUUUAUUAAUGUAUACUGUUAAACCAAAAAAUGGUUUAACAGUAUACUGUUAAACCAAAAAAUGUUUUUGGUUUAGUCCAUGUAUACUUUAUUGCAAAGUACCGUACCCUUAUCUGACUGACUUUAUAAUGCCAUACUCAGAGAUUGUUUACAGUACUUUACUCUAUUAUACCCUAAAUUUUUUACUACUUACACAGUAUUCUGAUGUAUUUUAAAGUGCUGUUCUGUUAUUUACAUUACAGUACUUUACUCUGGUUUAUAUUGCAGUACUUUGAUCUAAGUACCUUUAAUCUAAUAAAAUAUACAGUACUUCUUAUCUUAUUGCUGCACACAUAAUUUAGCAGUAUGGCACAAUACCCUCAUGCAGUCCUAAAGUACUUCACACUGGUUCUUCACUAUGCUAAUCCAAUCCAGUACUAUUACUCUUUAAAUGCCCCAGUGUCUGCUUGAAGGACCUCGUGUGAACUGUAGUUUCCAGUCCAGACCAGAAACUGUAAUUAUUGUCUUUUCUUCAGUCUCAGUGACUUAUUUUUGUCUUUUUUUUCUAUUUUCAUUUUGGAAUUUUUAAUAAUCUGGUAAAUAUUUCCCUCGAAUUAUUAUUUUAAUCAUUAAUUUCAGUUCUAAUAAUAAUAUUGACGGUUUUGCAUGGUUCAACUCUUAAAUGGAAGUCCAGGUAGAGGUACACCUGCAAUGCCUGCAUUGCCUACAAGUGGUACAUAACAGCAACAAAAAAUAAAUAAAUGGAGAGAGGGAUUUUCUUUUAUGCACCCAUUUUUUCUCUUCCAAGAUCACCCAGCUCCAUUCUCCAUUUUGUUCACUCAUUCUUUGAUUCUUUCUGGGGCUCUAAUCAGAAACAGGGGUAGCAGUGAACCGGUGGUUUUGUUGAUGUUUUUCUUAAGAGUUGAAGUGAAGUUGAAGACACUUCAUUUUACAUUUCUUUUUUCUUUCAGAAGAUGCACUGGAAUUGUUGUUCUAUUGUUUUUGGUCUUUUGUAUCCUUUAGAUAAAAUAUUUAAAUGAUCUUUUAUUUGAUCUGUGGAUUGGUAAUAAAGAGAGAAAAUUUAAUAAAAUGCAGUUGAUCAGUUACUUGUGUCAGCUCAGAGAUGUAAAUGGAAGACAACAUAAAACCAACCAGAACAUCUCCAUAAGAUCACACAAAAGUUUUAGUUUUUAUAUGUCAUAUUUGAAAACCUGUUUAUUAAUGAUUCAUCUUGUUUUGUGGAUAUUUACGUUUAAAAAAUGUAAAAUGACACUGGUGAUUGCUGUGAGAUUAUUCUAAAAUUAGAAUCCAAUUGUAAUUUGAUUGUUUUAAUAAUAAUAAUACUUACAUUCACUCUCUGCAACAGAUUGCUUAUUGGUGUUACUGUUAUCAAUCAGACAUUGGUCACUCCCAAAAUGCUGAAUUGCAAAUUAAAUUUUGAAGUGAAAUUUGUCCUUCCGUUGCCCUGAAAUUUGCCCUGUUUUGACUACUGUAGAAUAAAAGGGGUAACAUUGCAGAACUUUCAAAAACACUUCAGUCCCAAUCCAAGGAUAUCCACAGCUCCUCUGAAGAGUGUCCCACUGCCUCCAGCCCGGAGAGUUCCGUUGUGUUGUUUCUUUCCAUUGGCAGUAUCUUCAGGUACAUCAGGCCAUGAAGUUUUGUUUUGCAAUGCAGUUGAAUGACAGAGACAGUUCUUUGUGGGGUUUCAGAUUAUUGUUUAUUUGUAGCUUUUAUUAUUAUUAUUAUUAUUUAAAUCGGUACACUUUAUUAAAUAAAAAGUGUCCCAAUCUGUGUGGGAUUGUAUUAGUGAGCUCUUGAAGUCAUGUGAGUACUUUAAAACAGUCCUGUGUGACAUCAUCAAAGUCGUUAUAUUCUAAUGCUGUUAUUUAAUCAAAGCCAUACAGUGGGAUUGAUUUUAAUUUAGCUUGUUCAGUCCAAUGGUUGUGUUGUGGUCAUAUUUUUUUUCUUGCCAUUACGUGGGAAGUAGAUAAGAAGAAAAAGCCAAUCAACGUCAAGUAGUCCCUGCAACUUCGACCAAUUAUUGCUGUCCACGAGGUUCAGCUCUGGUGUGGGCGGGAUUUAGCCACG